UUUCUCUCUCCUAUCUUCUUCUGGUCAAGACUGUCAAUCGGUGGCUUUGUGUCCCUUUCACUCGUUCCCCUUUCUUUGUUGUGAUCCUCAUUUUGUCUCAACAGUGACCACUCGGACCACUCGGACACUAGACACUGGACACUGGACACUAGACAGUUCCCUGCAAUCGAGACGACCAACUCAAUCCUUCUCCGCAUGUGUCUCGGCCGCUGUCACAUGGCCCGUAUGUAGGCGCCACUUCCUACCCCGAUCUCCUUUACCAACCCUUCACGCUUCCUAUCGGUCCGAUCGACGAGUCCUCUGUCAUCAUGCAGUACGUGCGAAGUAUCAGUGGCUCCGUCUCCAAGACCUGGAACUCCAUCAAUCCGGCGACCUUGAGCGGCGCCAUCGAUGUGAUUGUCAUCGAACAGGAAGAUGGCACACUCGCCUGUUCGCCGUUCCACGUCCGGUUCGGAAAAUUCUCCCUCCUCCGUCCGUAUGAAAAGAAGGUCGAGUUCAAGGUGAAUGGGGCCAAACAAGACUAUUCCAUGAAACUUGGCGAGGGCGGCGAGGCCUUCUUCGUCUUCGAGACGAACGAGCGCAUCCCCGCCUCGCUGCAGACGUCGCCGCUGGUGUCCCCCGCCGCCAGUCCGAGGACCCGUAGCGAAGAUAAUCUCCCGUCGACCCUGCAGGAGCCCGAGUAUUUGGAUCUUGAUCGCCCGGCCGUGGACCCCUUGGACGACCAAUCUACCGAUCUUCCGAUCCUAUCGCGGGCGACCCGGGCGACCAGUGAUUUGGGUGCCAUCACCCCCCUAUCCCGAUCGCCCGACGAGACGACCAUCGGCCGGCCGUUUGACGACGGCCCCGGCAAAGCGGGCCGCACGAUGUUGGACGACUUUAUCGCGCCGAAGCGCCGCCCCCGUCGCGACAGCGUGGCGGACCUCACCUACGGCACGCCACUGGCGGACCCCAGGGUCGUCAGCGACGACGAGACCAGCCAGGACCGUCCGUGCAGCCCCCCGCCGCUGUCUCCCGAGGAAGCCGUGUCGCGCGCCGUCUCGCUGUCCAAGAAACUGUCCGGUUCCAACAUCCCAUCGCACGUCACCGACACGGGCGACCUCAUGCUCGACAUGACGGGCUACAAGAGCAACGAGGAGAAUGCGCUGCGCGCCGAGGUGGUCGCGCGCAAGAUCCUGGCGGAGGAGUUGGAGGGCAACUACGACAUCGGAGCGCUCAUCGGAGCCGACGAGCACGGGAACCUGUGGAUCUACAGCAGCGAAGAGGCCAAGGAGGCGGCCGACCGCCGGGCGACGUUCAACGUGAUGCGGCCCAGCUCGGCCCUGAGCGAGAACGCCGUGUCGGAUCCCGGCUACCACAGCGACAGCGACCAGCCCCUCCACCAGAGCAUGGGGCCGCGGCACCUCCGGACGCAGUCAGAUGUGCAACCCGGAUUCCCGACGCCGCCGCAGUCGCCCGUGCCGGGCGAGACGCGCAACUACGCCAAGACGCUGCGGCUGACCAGCGACCAGCUCAAGGCGCUGAAACUGAAGCCGGGGGCCAACGAGAUGUCGUUCAGCGUCAACAAGGCGACGUGCACGGCGUCAAUGUACCUGUGGAACGGCAACACGCCGCUGGUGAUCUCCGACAUCGACGGGACCAUCACCAAGUCGGACGCCCUGGGCCACGUGCUGAACAUGAUCGGGCGCGACUGGACCCACGCCGGGGUGGCCAAGCUGUUCACCGAUAUCAUCAACAACGGGUACAACGUCAUGUACCUGACCAGUCGGUCGGUGGGGCAGGCGGACACGACGCGGACCUACCUGUACGGGGUGUGUCAGGACGGAUACCGGCUGCCCAAGGGGCCCGUGAUCAUGAGCCCAGACCGCACCAUGGCGGCGCUGCGGCGCGAGAUCUACCUGCGCAAGCCGGAGGUGUUCAAGAUGGCCUGUCUGCGGGACAUUUUGGGGCUGUUCAACGGGAAAGAGAAUCCCUUCUACGCGGGGUUCGGCAACCGACUGACGGACGCGCUGAGCUACCGGUCGGUGAACAUCCCGUCGAGCCGGAUCUUCACGAUCAACUCGAACGCGGAGGUGUCGCUGGAUCUGCUGAGCCUGACCAAGUACAAGAGCAGCUACGUGUCGAUGCAGGAGCUGCUGGACCAUUUCUUCCCGCCAACGAGUCUGCUGGUGCAGGCGGGUGGGGAAGAGUACACGGACUUUACGUACUGGCGGGAUCCGCCGCCAGACUUGGAUGACUUUUCCAGUACGGAUAGUGAGGGUGAGGACGACGGGCCUGGACCGGCGGAUGAAGACGACGAGGAGGAUGAUGAUGACGAUGAUGACGAGGACGACGAGGAAGAGGAAGAGGGAGUAGAAGACGACGACAUUGAGGGAGAGGAUGACGAUGAGCUGGAUGAGGAUGAGGAUGAUGAAGGCGACGACGAAGACGAGUCCGACGGAGACCUGAGCGAGGAUGAAGACCUAAGCGUCAGUUACCUGACCGAGUCGAUGGAGGCGACUACGCUGGACGACAGGGACGACACGGUGAAGCCGGUGCCGUCGAUAGAGUGA